CUACACAGCCGCGGUGUUAAGCCGUUGUUUCGAGCGCUUGACACUGAUUUGUUUGACUAGAGCCGAGCGUCGAGCAUGGCGCGUAUUGUUGGUAAAACACUUGCAAGCAGACUUUACUCAUCGUUGGCAGAGCAUGGCGGAACAAAUGGAUUUGCAAAACCUUUCAAGGAUAUACCCGGACCGCGUGGACCCUUCGGACUUGGCAUACUCUAUCAAUAUUUGCCGCUGAUCGGACGCUAUUCAUGGCUGGAGCUGCACAAAGCGGGACGCGACAAGUAUGAGCAAUAUGGGCCGAUUGUACGUGAGACUAUGAUACCGGGCGAGGAUAUUGUAUGGUUGUAUGAUCCGAAUGAUAUUGCAACGCUGCUAAAUGAGCGGGACUUUCCACAGCGACGCAGUCAUUUGGCGCUGGAGAAGUAUCGCAAGGAUCGACCGCACAUCUAUCGCUCAGCGGGUUUAUUGCCAACCAAUGGCGCAGAGUGGUGGCAUCUACGCUCGGAGCUGCAAAAGGAGAUGAGCGCACCAAAAAGCGUGCGUAGUUUUCUCACGGACUUAGAUUUAGUGACACAAGAGUUUCUCGAACAUCUACCUUUGAAUGAGAGCUUUGACAUGCUGCCGAAAUUGGCGCGCUUGAAUUUAGAGCUGACUUGCCUGAUGACUUUCGAUGAGCGUCUAAAUUCCUUCUCCCCAGAGGAGCAACUGCCAAACUCACGCUCUACUCGUCUCAUGCGCGCCACAGAGACAACAAAUAAGAGUAUCCUACCCACCGAUCAGGGGCUGCAAUUGUGGCGCCACUUUGAGACGCCGGCUUACCGGCGGCUGCGUAAAGCACAGGAAUAUAUGGAGAGUGUCGCUAUCGGUUUUGUUUCGCAGAAACUUAAUUAUUUUAAAGAGAGUAAAACGAAUGGUGAUGCCAACUCACCAGAUGGUACCAUGUCACGCAGCUCACUGGUUGAAGAGUACCUCAAGAAUCCCAAACUCGAUCUGUGCGAUGUGGUUGGCAUGGCAGCGGACUUGCUACUAGCCGGUGUGGAUACCACCUCGUACACCACAGCGUUUGCGGUAUAUCACAUCGCGAAGAACCCGGAAGUGCAACAGAAAUUGCAAGAGGAGGCUUGUCGUGUAUUAACAACGCCAAAGACACCGCUAACGGCUGAUGUGCUGCGUGCUGAAGUGCCCUAUGCGCGUGCUGUGCUCAAAGAGGUGCUACGCCUGAAUCCCAUAUCGGUUGGUGUUGGACGUAUACUCAAUAAAGAUCUGAUUCUUAGUGGUUAUCACGUGCCGAAGGGGACUGUGGUCGUCACACAAAAUAUGAUCGCCUGCCGUUUAGAGAAAUAUUUUUCGGACGCCUUGCAUUUCAAACCCGAACGUUGGCUACAUCGCGAUCAAUCUGUUCAUCCCUACCUCGUACUGCCCUUCGGUCAUGGUAUGCGCGCUUGUAUUGCGCGUCGCAUGGCUGAGCAGAAUAUUCUCGUUUUCCUCUUACGUUUGUUGCGGAAUUUCGAAAUAACCUGGACGGGCGGUGAGGCCGAGUUGGGUGUGCGGACGUUACUUAUCAACAAGCCCAGUCGGCCGGUGAGCAUACAGCUGAAACAACGCGGUCCGAAACGGCGAACGGAAGCUGAUUAGUGAUGCGAUUUAGUGACAAACAUAUGUACAGACAUAGAAAAUGAUAAAGUCGCUUAUUGGUCGUUGGUUACACUGUGAUGAGCUGGGAUGUGAACAAUCAAAAGACUUGGCGAUCUGUAUUUUGUUAGCUGCUAAUCUUUUAUUUAGUCUUUAGGUUAGGGUGUCUGAAGAAAGUGUAGAAAAUUGAAAUUUAAAUAAAUAUUGUGCGCUCUCUGUCAUAA